AUGUCUUGGCCUACGGCGACGAUAGUUGCUUUACUAGUUAUUGCAUUAACGUUGGAUCUUGUCCAGUUGCAUCAACACCAGAGCGACGAUGUUGUUUUCUACGUUCGGCCGGAUGCCCAGUUGUCCGUACGAGAACUGGCCAAUGAACACGGUCUCGACUAUGUUUCAGAAGUGUUUCCAGGAUCCAACUAUCACCACGCUCUCAUCAAGGAGAGGGAGGGUAUGGAAAAGCUGUCAGCCGAUUCGAGGAUCACCUGGAUCGAAAGGCAGACAUAUCAGCCGAGAGAAUUGCGAUUUAUUUCUUCGAUGAACGAACAAGCUUUUGAUUACAGAGAAACAACUCCUUUAGGGGACAAGGAAGAAUUAAAAACAAAUGGGAUGGAAUUCAACGAUCCUCUUUACCCGUUACAGUGGUACUUGCAUGGAAGGAAUGGCGAUGACGGCCAUCAUUUGAACGUGACACCCGUGUGGCGUGAUGGUCUCACUGGUCGUGGUGUGGCGAUUGCCGUAUUGGACGACAACGUAAAUCCUUGGAAUGAGGAGAUCAGACGUAAUUACGAUCCAAAUAUCAGCGGCGACUUGGGGGCUAAAACUGGGCCAGGCAUCAAGAAGAAUCCGAUUCAUGGAACGUAUUGCGCUUCCAUUAUCGCCGCCGAAGCCAACAACAACUUUUGUGGCGUUGGUGUUGCUUUUCAAGCUCGAGUUGGGGGUGUUCGUCUUUUGGCAAAGAGGCGUGUCCUCGACGUCCAGGAAGCUAGAGCCCUCAAUUACAAGCUGCCCGAAGUCGAUAUCUACAGUGCUUCAUGGGGCCCGCCAGAUGACGGCAAACACGUAGGAGGUCCAGGAGAGUUAGCCUCGCACGCCCUGCAACGCGGUGUGAAACUGGGCCGUCGUGGACUAGGUGCCAUUUACAUAUGGGCUUCGGGAAAUGGGGGCACCAAAGGAGAUAACUGCGCGUACGACAGUUACGCCUCCAGCAUCUACACGUUGUCCGUCUCGUCGUUGACACCCCAAGGUCUAUCUCCUUAUUAUGCGGAAGCAUGCCCGGCUGUCCUAACAAGUUUAUACGUCGGUGGAGAGCACGUGAGACCCCACACUGCCUUUGAUUCAGAAAGAACGGACAAUUUCCAGGGCACGUCCGCUGCUGCUCCACUUGCCGCUGGCAUCAUAGCGUUACUUCUAGAAGCCAACCCAUCUCUUACCUGGCGGGAUGUCCAGCAUCUUGUGGUACUCAACUCUUCACCGCCGUAUCAAAAGACAGGCAAGUUGGAAGCAUCGACUGAUUGGCCAGUCAACGGUGCCGGACUCCGUUCCAACGUCCUUUACGGUUUCGGAGCUUUGGAUGCCGGCCGGCUGAUUAACAUGGGACGUGGAUGGAAAUCCGUCCCACCGCAGACUCGAAUGUCAGUUCCAUGUCCUGCGGCCCGAAUACCUCUGCCGGCUAACCAGCCAAUCCAUCUCACACUUAACGUUCAUGGCACUUCUAUAUCCUAUUUGGAAUACGUUUCGGUAACGAUUGGUGUCAACGUGAAACCCAGAGGAGCUCUAGAAAUCUCUUUGCAAUCGCCAUCAGGCAUGGUGUCACCUGUACUCGCCGCGAGACCAAACGAUCUGAGCAAUCAAGGUCUGUUUCACUGGAAUUUGACCUCGGCUCAGUUUUGGGGGGAACAUCCUUCCGGUCAAUGGCGGCUGUUUCUAUCCAAUGUGAGCCCCAACAGCCAAGGAAUCCUCGAUUUCUGUUCGCUUACGCUUUAUGGAUUUUGAAGUGAAUCAGUGGACGGAUAUAUUUUAAUGAUGGACGUUGACGUCAACGUGAAAAUUACAAGAUGUUGCAUAA